UAUGACAUUAUAAACAUUGGUUACAUCAAUGGUGCUGAAUUAUUCAUUUAUUUCUUGUUGAUCAAAGAACAUAAACCGGCAUAAAAGUUUUGUUAUUUAACUUUCGUGUGUUUUAAUAAAAUAAGAAGGACAAAAUGACCGUUCCAUGUGUAAAGAUGUUAAUGGUCUGUUUGUUCGGGGUCAUGGUUCAACAUGCCUUAUCAGAAACAAUAUUAGCUGAUAGUGACAGCUACAAUAAUUACACGAAAAGCUACAAUAAAGAAUAUCAUCGGAAGGAGUAUGAGAAAAGAUUCCAGAUUUGGCAAAACAAUGUUGACUUGAUUAAUAAUCACAAUAAAGAGUUCUCGCUAGGUCUUCACUCGUACACAAUGGGGCUGAACCAGUUUACCGACAUGACUAACGAUGAGUACCGGAAAUUGAUGCUUACAUAUAAACCGAACACAGGUACCACAGGAGCAAGUGAAUUUCCAGUAUUUUCAAAACCGUUACCUAAAUCUGUUGACUGGAAGGCGGAAGGAUACGUAACGGAAGUUGGUAACCAGGGUCAGUGUGGAAGUUGUUGGGCGUACACCGCUACUGGCGCCCUUGAAGGACAACAUAAAAAGAAAACCGGCGUUCUUGUGGAUCUAUCAGAACAAAACCUUAUGGAUUGUAGUCAAAAACUGGGAAAUCAAGGAUGUGAAGGCGGUUUUAUGGAUUACGCAUUUAAAUACGUGAAGCAAAAUGGCGGAAUUGACACAGAACAGUCUUAUCCAUAUAACCUUACCAACCCAGGGACUUACACGUGCCGGUACCGGAAGUCCGACAGUGGAGCGACUUGUACUGGCUACGUCGACCUACCUAAAGGCAAUGAAAAAUCUUUGCAAGAAGCCGUGGCAUUCAUUGGACCUAUUUCCGGAGCUGUUGAUGCGAGUCAUAUAGGAUUUCAGAUGUACAAAUCCGGUGUAUAUGACGACCAGCAUUGUUCGUCUACUAUAGUGGAUCACAGUCUUGUUGUUGUUGGUUAUGGUGUUGAAAAUGGAAAGGAAUUUUAUAACUGUAAAAAUAGUUGGGGAACAUCAUGGGGUGAUCAAGGCUAUAUAAAGAUGGUACGUAACAAAAACAACCAAUGUGGAAUAGCGAGCACCGCCAGUUACCCGACUAUGUAAACACCGUGUUUGUAACAAGGAAAACCAUUGGUUCAUUUUCAUUCAUGGAUUGAUGUAAAAGUUGUGCAUGGACGUAUUACAGCAAAGACCAUAAUCUUACACAAAACAGUUCUUUCCUGUAGGAAAUAAUACUAGGAAAUUAUAAUGCUUAUCUCCAUCAUAUUGAUAAAAUUUAAGUUUGCGUUCAUGCUACUAGUAGAUCGACACAACGCUUUGAGUAAAAAUUUGAAAUGAUUGAUGUGCCAAUGUUCGCAGAACAAACAAAUAGAUCUACAAGACAG